AUGGUUAAAAGAGGGGACGACAUAAGGUUAGAGGUGUCUACCUUUUAAUCCAUUUCCUACUAGGACUUCUCGUAAGCCGAACCCUUCGUCGAACGACAGUCUUCAUAAUAAGCCUGGCAGAAGUCUUCGACCAUUUCGGUUUGUUCUAGAUUCUGUCUUAACGUCUUUUAAAGGUCGACUGCUGGCAAACUAUCCGUUAAGCAACCGAAACCAUCCACCUCGUAAUUGACUUUACUCGCUUACCUGCAACUUCCUAGGUCUUUAAAGGCUCGUACAAAACUUAAAAGUUCAAAUGUCGCCAAACGUCCGAAGAAGGAGGUUGUAGCGAGCAGUCCGAAAGUAGCCACACGUGUUCCUGCGGAGAAUGUCUCUUCUGACGAACAGAAGCCCAGAAGGCGGCGGCUAGAUGCAGAAGAUUACAUAAAAAGACGGUUCCUAUAUGAGGAUGACACGCAAACCAAGCGUGUUCGUAGUAAAUCCUCGGUCUCUAAACACGCUAGUGACGUUAGCUCGCGAUUCCGAAACAGCGGGUCUACUGCUGCUCUUAUGGCUGUCUCAUCUGCCAACCUGAUGCACAAAAAGCGCAAAAAACACGCGGACAAAGUUAGCGGUCCAAGUAAAAGUCACGUGCCAUUGCGAAGUCGCCGUGGCCGAAAGCCGAAGCCCCGUUCAUAUGAUUCACGCCCGUCGGAAGGGGAUUCCAUGAAUAGAUCUGGACCGAUUGAGGAUUUUGAUAAUGAUACUGAAGACCACACCUCUGACGACGCAAGAAGCCCAGAAUCUGACUAUCCUUACAGACUCGACGACUUCCGCCACUAUGAAAGACCAGCUGGUGACACUAAUCCACUCGCGCCGCUGUUCCAUAACGCGAAGCACCCUUCAUAUCGGAAUCGCGAACUAAGUCUUUCGCCCGAAGAAAUCCACGUGCGUUUCCCAUCAGUACUACAUUUUUAAAACUUCUUAAUGCCUUUUGGUCAAUAUGUGAAGUUGUGCGUCUUUUGUAAGUGAUAAUCUUGACUUGUCAUUAAUUCACGAUGGAAUUAGGUUGCUUUCAUCUACGAAAAUAGCAAAGCAGCUUUACGUCCUCUAGGUUCUUAUAACAUUUAGCACUUCUGUCACGCCACCCAUACUCCGUGGUGGCGAAGUUACCUUCAACUUCGUUUUCUGUACAUUUAGUCGGACUAAAUUACUUUAACGCUACUAGUUACCUUGAAAUUCAAAAGAAAGCAUGCCGAAAACGGCACCUGAACUGUCUUAAUGGUCAAGAAACAGGAGCAAAUUUGGCCUGUUGUCUUCUAGGCCUAUGAUUCUGGCAUUCCCCGGCGAACCGAUCAAAGACAGAUUGGGGAAUGGAGCCUGAGCUCUGGUUGUCGAACAUCUGGGCUAGUGAUUGUUCUACUGUCAAAAGUCCUGUCGUCUUGCUAGGAAUUUCUUCUGCCUAGAGUUCCGCCUUUGGUGUUCUAGACCAGUUUGUCAGGGUUUAAAUAGAUCUAGUUUGUCGCACCCGGUUAGUGUACUGCCAGAAUUCAUAUUUGCUCUGUUCCUUUGACUGCGAGUUCAGUCGGACAUGACAGAAACUGCCCACUAACUCAAACUAUUUACAGAGCACUUUUCCACCGCCAAUAUUCUUGAGCACAAACAAUGCGGUCAUCUCCGUCUUGGAGCAGCUGGUUGUAGAGUCAGCCUUGCCUUUAGGCCUUUCUGGGACACUACGCGUGUAUUUACAAAGAAUAUUGUCAUACGACGUGGUAGACAACAUUGAAAAGACAGUCUGUGUUUGACUGGUCGUGGGUGCACGUGAAUAGACUGUGUAUCGUGACUGUCCGUCUAGUUGUUGAGCCGCGGGCUGCUAAUCAUUUGUCCUCGAAUAAGUUGCAGCUUAUAGAACCGAAUGCGGGACGGUGGGAGCCCCAAGAAUAUAUGGUUUGCCUGUUUGCCUAGCUGCGGGUUAUUUCCUGUGUCCAGAGAUAUAGGCUUCAAUCGAAUGUUACGGCGAAGUAAGUCAUCAGCUCUACCUUCAAACCUGAUUGGACGCGGAUUUUUCGAAUUGGUUUCUCGCAAAGAAGUCAUAACUGUGUUACGUCGUAAAUUUUCCCCGCCAUUCAAUAGGGCUUCCCAUCCCGCCGCUGUUUCCGUCUCGGAUUUGUACUUCAACCAUUGGUAGGGCAGGAUCUUGAGCUGCCGGUCUUAUUGUCGCCGAUCUUGAACCUCUGCGUCUUAUGCCGUGGACCUUAGAACCCUUUAGGCUAGUGUCGGUUCUAAUCGGCACUGGUUUAAGUUCGACUUGUGCAUGAUGAUUCAUGAGUAGCCAUUCUUGCAGACAUCAGGCGUCCUCGGUCUUGUUCUCUAGGCCAUUGCAGCACUCGUGUACAGUCCUAGUCGAAUCCACGAUUUGAUUUCAUGGCCCUCCUAUAUUCUAUUGUCCCCUCACAAUUGUAUUGUCUCUUGAUGCUUGAGGAAUAUCCUCUUCCGCUCUAAUUUCUAGCAUGAAUUUAGUCCACUAAAACAUUUUAGGGUCCUUGCAUAGUUCUUUUGUCUUGAGAGAUUUCGUCCCCGGCAUAUCGACUAGAGAAUCCCUGCAGGCGUUGAAAUCCACACUAAUCCACUAGUUGUUCUAGGAAUUGCUUCCACCCCUGAAAGCUUUGCCUUAACAGGAGGAAGGAAACCAAAGAACCGAUUUGCCACCAAAUUUCAGAAAAGUAACUUUAUGAUUGUUCAUCAGCCAAACUGUUCGUUUUGCCGCAUUUUUAUUCGUCUCUUCUUGAGAACUGCUACGCCGCACAGUACUACGUUUAGUCCACCAUACCAGAUUCGAUGCAAUGUUCGUCACUGACGCUCGAGGUACGGAACCGAACAAUAUGUGCUGUGCAUGUGACAGCGAGAUGCUGGUAACGGCGACAUACGCAGGAGGCUAGGCGAAACGAACAGUACUACUUACCCCACACGAAUCCGCCUUUAUGCUCAUUCGCACGUCGUGGCUUAAACGCAGCGGUCCGGCACUAGUGUAAAUCAUCAUGCUCUCAGUCUCGAGAUGCUUUAUUUUCUCAGAAUUUCGAUCGGCAGUCUGUGCAGCUGCCUAACUUUUACCGUCAGUGAGAAAUCUUAGAUUCCUACCGAAAGAAUGUCUACUCGAUUAUUAACUCGUCCGCUUCUAUAUCGUUAAGGAAUAUAUGCAGUCUGUGGUAUACGUUAUUUACGGUUAUUUUCGUGCUCUGGUGUACGGCGAUGGACAGUCGCCAAGAUGUCUGGGCCGGUUGGUCUAGAGGUUGGACCGAUUGCUUCUUCCAACGAGAUGUAUUGUUUAACGUUGUCGCCGUCACCUCCCGUUGGUUAUAUUUUAUCCUUGUGAUGGACGGAUUCCUGGAUGGGGUCUUCGGGGUCUGACUGUUGCUUGUUUGGACGUGGCCGAUGUCGUUUUGUUCCAGAAAUCACCGCCUUCGUGACGUGCAAAUUUCGGAAAUCAAGCUAGUAUCGGAUAAUUAGCUCUAGUACCAUCAGUUAGUCAACUUGUAUCUUUGAAUUUCCUGUGCUUCUUUAACGCGAGUCGCCAUCUAAUAUCACUUUUAACGUAUUCUUGAGGGUGGUCACUUCAAUGAUUGACGUCUUUUUUGUCCGUGGGUCUCGCCCACUUAACGCGCAAGCUGUACUUUAGUCUAGGUUUUACGAGAACAUAUUUGGGACCGUCUUCGCUACUCGAUUUCUCUUUCCCAAUUCCCUUUAUGACUUAGAACAAAAUGUGUUUCUUCGUAGGAAGUAAGUUGCGCUCGUUGUAGGUGCGCUUUCCAACCUCAUACUUUGGAAGCCAGUACCGUUUUUAACAGUAUUGUGGACUGUUGAAUGGAAAACCAGCACUGUAGAGACCCUGAGCAGAGAAAUCCGGUCCUGUUUUAUGACCCGACUUGACGGAGAAGGCAGUAACCAGUGGUCGUCACUGAAAAUGGCAGUCUAUGGGACAGCUGGGAAAAUCCUUGGAUAUACCCAGCGACGCCGCAGUGACUUGAUCAGCAGGAGAACCCUGCAGUUGUCUGCUCAGGCGGCUCGAGCCAGGUCCCGUAAUGAGGAUUAUUUCCGUCAACUUCGGAAGAUGAUGACAAAGUCAGCCAGGGAUGACCUGAAGCAAUAUUGGGCUGAAAUAGCGACCUCCAUGGAACAGGCCUCGAACGUUGGUGACACUCGAAAACUCUACUAACUUAUCCGCCAAGUUAGUGGUAAGCUCUCUACACUGACUGACUCUGUUCGAGACGUGAAUGGCGGCUUUGUUGCGGACAACUCGGCCAAAGUCGAGCGCUGGCGUGUGCACUUUGAGCACCAUCUCAACUUCGAUACCCAACCCACCUCGCUUUUGCUCUCCUCUGCACCGGAGUUUCUUCCCUCUCCAACCUAUGCAGUGCCGCGCGACCCCCCUUCUGAAGGAGGUCGCAGAUAUCAUACGAAAGCUACGCAACAGCAAGGCACCCAGAGAGGUCGGUAUACCCGCUGAAAUCGACAAGUCUUGUGUCGAUCCUCUGACGCCCCGGCUCCAUGAGGUGAUUGAACAAGCGUGGAGAGACGAGGUUGCUUCUGAUGACAGGGGCUUAGGCAUCCUAGUACCUAUUUUCAAGAAGGGAGAUAAGGCGAGAUGCGAGAACUACCGCCGCAUAAGCCUUAUCGACUGUGAUGCGAAGAUCUUCGCUAUUGUCCUCAGGCGAUUCUAGGCUGUGUGUGACUCUAGGACGAGGUCCAACCCAGCCGGAUUUUGUGCUGUACCUGGAUGUGCGGACCAACUAUUCACACUGAGACGCGUUCUCGAGUUCCGCCAUAGCUACCAGCAACCGACGGCCGUCUGCUUUGUUGACUUUGCCGCCACGUUCCGUCCAUCGUGAGUUCCUGUGGCGGAUAACGGCGCUAGCUGUUGUACCGCUAACAAUCAUCGCCAUGAUCAAGACCUAUUAUCGCUCCACCACCGCGCGAGUUCUGGUCCGCAACAAUCUUUCCCAACCGUUUGGUAUUCGAUCUGGCGUUCAACGGGGUUGUAUCCUGUCGCCCAUUCUGUUCAACUACGCUAUUGACUGGAUUCUCGGGAGGGCCCUAUACGAAGGUGACGGUGUUGAGUUCGCACCCGGACGCCGACUGACUGGUCUCGACUAUUCCGGUGAUAUUGCCUUGCUCUAAGUUUUGACGACCUGCAGUCAAUGGUGUCACGGGCGAACGAGGUCGCUCAAUCGGUCGGUUUAUCCAUAAACGUCGGGGGGACCGACGUGUUUUCAAGCAGUAUCCCUGACCAGGGGAAGGCACCUCUGGGGAUUGAUGGCUGUCAACUUGAAGAAGUAGACAGUUUUAAAUACCUCGGGGCGAGGCUACUACCGAAUGCGCAGAGUUGGGACGACAUUGUCCCCCCAAAUGAUGCUGCCCGGUGGGUUUUCUCGAGCCUUGGAAAGUGCCUAUGGUUCCGACGCGACAUCUCCAUCGCCACCAAGAUUCGUGUGCACCGUCCAUCUGCCCGGUCAGUUCUUCUCAAUGGUUGUGAAUGCUGGGCUGUGCGCGUGGAAGACGAGCGAAAACUGGAGGUAUUUGACCACCACUGCUUGAAGGCCAUCCUUCGAGUGAAGUAAACCGUGACUCCGUCUCAAAUGAGACAGUCCACUCUCGCUGCGAUACCAUCGCAAGGAUAACCCAGGCCAUCCAAGAAAGUCGACUGAGGUGAUUUGAGCAUGUUCUUCGUCGCCCACUUCGAUCCGACACAGUUGCCCCAUUGGCCGCUUCGAAGAGGGGGUCAACUCAAAACCUGGCUCGACACAGUUCGUCAAGACAUGGUGGUGGUUCUUAGAUCGCCGAUAGAAGCGAACAGGCGAGCCCCAGGCAGCAGUUCAGAAGACGAAGAUGCGAUCACUGGAACAAGAAAUUUAUUACCCUGACGUUUCGGAUUCCCUCUCGAACCCAUCAUCAGAGACAGUCGCAAAUAAGGGUAAUGGGGCACAAGCAGUGCAGUAUUUAUAGCACGUGGCUGCCGUGGGACCAUAUGCGUACUGUAAUUAACAGCUCUCGCAAUCACCGCUGGGGUCGUAAUUGAUGCGAUGGUGGCUUGUCAGUCCGCGUCCGAGUCACUAAUGGCCAUGAUUUCGCCAUCCGUGUUGGAUGUUGGUGGAACGAUUGCUCAGCAAAUUGGCUCACUGUCAUUGGGAUAAUUGCUCUCCCGCGCCCUCCCCACUUGACUGAUUUCCCUGCCCGGGGAGAAUCUCAGCACGGAAUAUGGUAGCGGGAGGUCAUUGCGCUGGUUGAUGGAUUGCGGACCUGAGAACCAUGACUCGAGCAGCUCGCGGCUCACGCGGUUGUCAGCCCUUGCAAGAAUUUCGGCCCCUUGAAACUUGAAAAUAUGACCGGGUCCCGUCGAAUGAGCUGCCACCUGAGAGCUAGCGUCUCCCGCCUCACUGCUGCUGCGUGCUCGGCAAUUCGCGUACGGAGUAAUCUCCCAGUUUCUCCGACGUAGUUGCUUUGUCCACAACUGCACCAGAUCCGGUAAACGACUCCAGACGUUUCCCACCGUGGCAGUGGGUCUUUGGGCCCCAUGACUUGGCGCCUGAUGGUUGCUUCGGUAUUCGGUCUCCGUCGUUGACGAAGAGAAUGGGUUACACUGUUCAGAUCUCCCGCGGAUCGUCGCGCCUGGUGAGGUACAGUUCGGGGCAUCAUCGAGACUGGCUAGAUCAGACGUGUUCGCAUUCGUACCAUGUACAAGUAAGCAAGCAAGUAUAAGUACUGUUGAACGUCUGGUGUCCCCCAUUUCACCGGUCUGGAUGAGGGUUAACAAGGCUGCAACUUCGAUACUGAAAAACUUGCAGUCUCUUUGUCUUGAAAAGACGCAUGCUCCAGUUGCGCGAACCAAAAACAUCAAAGAAUCAUCCUGUAGUUUUAUUCAUGCCAUUUGCCGACUUAAACGUGUUUUUGUGAUAAAUGUCCGCCUUGUACUCGCAUUCUAUUUCAUGUUAUGCUCUCGAAACGUUCGAGUCAUAGACGUUUUUUUUAUACUACGGGGCUUUUUGGGCCUCCUGAGCCGCUCACAUGCUUUACCUUGCCUUGGCGUCCGAUUCCCUGACUAUCUUCAGUCAUUCAGUGUAUUUAUCUUUUUUUCCGACCCAUUUUAAACAGAACCAAAAUGACCAGAGGUUCACUCCGUUCUCCGAGUUCGUCCUUGAUGAUACUGCUGAUGGGUUGACUCGUGGUGUGAACCCUCAGAUGCCAAACAGGAAACAGCGUCAUCGCUUUGUCCCAAAACCAACCCGGAAGCCAGAAAUUCCAAAGCCUUUAUCUUCGUACCCUGGAAAAGGUUUUGAUGGUAGGAAGCAUUAAGGUCGCUUUUGUGCUAAGGUCAUUUAGAUGGUUUUCCCCAGCCCCCUCUCUACCACUAGCAUUUAUAAAUGUCCUCUGUAUCGCACUAGUUUUUUUUCUUAUGAGACAUUGUUUCGAUACUGAAUCAACGAACUAUUAUCCUUAGUACAUGCCGCCUUUUUUCCGUUCUCGAACAUUUUGAAAUCCGUUCGAUCUUUGAGUCAUUACGCAUGUCUUUUGCGUUUUACGAACAUUCGUGCUAGUUAUUCACGCAUGUCCGCCAAAUGCCGCUGUCAGUGCGCUGAAACAAGGUUAAGCCACGGUACCCGCCGUGACGUUAUAGCAGUUUUAUCAAACUAAUCACUUUUUUAGACAUAUUCGGUGCUUGCACUGUUCUGUUUCACGUACCCUGAAUGUCUGGCCGCGAAAUAUACGUUAUAUGCGCUUUUCCGCUUUACUCAGAACUGUAUCUGGAUUAUUUCGCUCGUCCUGGACUGUAUAUCGGUUCUCACUGGGAUCGAGUAGUGACCUAUGCGUUUUCCAGGAAAUAUUUUUACUACUAUAAUUAAAGUAGUCGGCUGUAUGCAUGCCUUCCUAAACCUGGCAAUAUAUCCUACAGUUACAGAAUUUGAAACCCCCGAGAAGGCGAGCUUCCAUGGUCACAGUGAUAUCAGCCCUAUUAUGCCCGUUCCUGAAAACGUAAGCGAAAGCAUCGAGCUCCACAACACCCAACAAGAGCCCCCGAUGGAACAAUUGAACCUACAAGUUGACGGCAAAGAUCAGUUGCUAGCUCCACACGAUCCGGCUGUUGUGGAUGUUGAUGAAUUUUCCGGAGACCUCCUUCACCAACGAAUGGCCGCCGUUCCAGCUACUGGUAGCAGCCGUCGGAAAUCGCCUAUCCGUCCCAUGCAAGUUGUUCGGACAGAGCCCCUAAUCUACCACGAUCCCGUCGGCCGUGAGGCCCGGUAAGCUACCUCGACUAUCCAUUUUUGGCCUCAGAUCAGCCUUCACGGGGCUCUAGGAGAGCCAUCCUCAAUUUUAGUCCGAUAUUUCCUCUGCGAAAUGCGUCGUAAGCUGUAGCAUAAGUUUAAGUCGAGCUCCACACGGCCCAAAGUGUUACUUCGAAUUUUUUGUUGUUGAAAGUCGUGCCAAUUUUAAAAUUGUGAAUCCCAGUAGACUGAAAAGUACAUAGAGCUUUCGCUCCCUUCACUGCGCUGGGUCUGAUGCCGCCACAACUAGAUCGCGUCCAAGGUGCGAUGAGUCUGCUACCCGCUACCACUACUCGAGUUUGUUUCAUCUCCGAGAUAUCCCGUUUCGUGUCCACAGCAUGGCCUGUUCGUUUUGGUUCUCACCGCUGGUGGAGCUCCUGUAGACGACAACCUGUAUAAUGACGGCGUUGCAUGAAGGAUGGCCGUCUAGGUUGGUAUGGUCAUAUGCUAAUUUUUACGCACAAACAGUCAUGGGAUGUGGAAAGCAGACGAUAGCACAUUGUUGCAACUAAAUCAAAGUAGAGUGAAUGUGCCUCUUUGGUCCGCUAACUGUCUGGUAGCUGGAAAGUGUCAUUAGAGGAUUAUUUCGACCAGAAAAGACUCACAGCGAAGGCCACAAAACGAAUGAUGCAUUUUAGUAUUCAGACAUCUUUUUACACAAGGGCAGCGAAGGAUAAGAGGGUGAACGCAUACAAGCAAACCGCCAUAGGUCUACUACGAUAUUUUUACCAGCAUUAUACUAAAGACAUGAAGUGUGAAGAUGGUUGGAGCGGGCGGGCGGAUGAUACGGCACCAUCAGGAUAUUUAAGAUCCCAGUUCGGAUCAAACUGUGCAGCAUCCUGACCUGUAACAGUUUAAAGCAGUUAGCUGAUAUUUGGAUGACAGUGCCGAAACAGUCAAAUUCAUGGUCACUCUUUUUUCGACCACUGCCCCGAUUUUUUGAAACUUUUGUCUGGCGACCGGGUUAGCGUAAAUACCAGUUUUUAGAGUGAAGGGAAUAAAAGAAGACAAAGAUUCGCACUGUGCAGUAUAAAUGUAUAUCAAGCAAAUAAUUUCAGAAAUUAUUCGGUGCAGGACGUAGAAUUAAGUCUCUGGGACAUGACUUUAGGGUUAGACCCGAAACUUCAGUGAACAUUUGAGUCGCGGGCAAUCAACUGCUGUGGAAUAACCACGUAAUGUCCAUUCUACAAACAAGACACAUGUUCGCCAAUAUUCUGCCGCUGUGUGACACAGCUGCGAGGGGCUCGGCUCCUCAGUGAGUCCCCUAGCGUCCCCUGUGCGGUUUCUGGUAUAUCCAUUCCAGAGAAGAACCAAGCGAAUAAUUUCAGAAAUUAUUCGGUGCAGGACAUGUAUAUAGACAAGGUGACACCAACAAAGAGAAGGGAGACUGGGAUGGUCAUUUCUGGCUUAUUAGCCGCCAUCAGCCAGUCAUACCCAAUCAUAAGUGUGAACCACUUGGGAUUCAAACCCGAAAUCUCCGUUCAUUAAGUCGAACGCUCUACCAAUGAGCCACGGGCUCGUUGCCCUGUCGAUUCUAGACUGAGCUCCAAGACGAACGAGAAGAUCAUGUCCUUUCAUCGGUGAGAAUUCCUCAAAGGUCGCAGGCUGAAGAAGCAAUUUCAGCCCUCAAAGCAAGUUAAAGUAUAUGUCAUAGAAUAUGGGCACAAAAGCUGCCUUCUUGUGCUCAGUAGGUAGCAAAUGAGGUCUUAUUCAAAUUUCAUAAUCGAAGAAAGGACUUCUCUUGACUUUGUGAAACCUUUCUUAUUUCCGAAUAAUUUUGAACCCAAUCUGCAGUUGCACUUGCAUUCAGGUUUCCAAAACUAGAUGCAGCAUACUAGACCUCUGACGCGCACCGGCGCAGGCUUCGGCCAACCAUAGAAUGACCAUUUCUGGCUUAUUAGCCGUCAUCAACCAGUCAUACCCAAUCUUAAGUGUGAACUACCUGGGAUUCAAACCCGAGAUCUUUGGUCAUUGAAUCGAGCGCGCUACCAAUGAGCCACGGACCCGUUGCCCUGUCGGUUGUGCUCGGGAAUAUAAAUUAUGGUAGAUAGGUGUUUACCGAUCAGGUUACGGAACUUGCUUGUCCCGUUGUGCUUUGGAGCUCAAACUAGAACCCUCGCAGGCAGUCGCAUAGCGACUAGUGAUAUGUGUAGAUAUGGUGAUACCGACAAUGACAAGGGAGACCGGCUAAUAAGCCAAAAAUGGCCAUCCUUGUCUCCCUUUUCUUUGUCGGUGUCACCUUAUCUACAUAUAUCACUAGUCGCUAUGCGACUGCCUGUGAAGGUUCUAAUUUGAGCUGCAAGGCACGACGGGACAAGCAUGUUCCGUGACCUGGUCGAUGAGCGUCCAUCUACCAUAAUAAACGUAUAUAUUCGUUCUACACUGCAAAGUUGCUUAAGACAUCAGUGGAUGGGAGCCGGUGGUCCAAAGCAAUCUUUUAGAACCAGGUGAUGACCAGAGCGGUGUCAUCUCAACCUUUUGGCAAACAACCGGUCAGUAAUGGAUUCGAAAUCACCACGUAGGGAAGGGGGUGUGGGAAGGGGCAUUGCGCUCUUUUUAGGCCAGGAGGGGAGGGGGUUAAAUAAAAGUUUGUUAUCCUAAUUAAAUUAAAUCCUCAGCACAAAGUUGUCUCUCGGUCUAGAAGCAGUCAGUCGUAACUGCACUGCCAGGGCUAGGCCUGGUGCGGUCAUGCAAAACCCUACUGACAACAGAAGGGGAAGUGGAUUUCUUGUUAUCCAUGCUCAAACAAAACCUACCUUUGCCUAGGCUUGUUGGAUUUCGGCGGAAAUUAAUGCGCGAACUUUAAGCCCUUCAGAAGGAAGCCUACUAGGGUCGGUUCGGAAGUUUACACAAGCUGCAAACAAUCAGUCAGUAGUAUUCAAGUACCGGACGGUUUACCAUACUGACAGCUCAUACACGCGUGUUUCACCGAUCUUGUGCCGCUGCAUAACGCUGCCGCGAGUUGUUCGGUUCAUCGGUGGGUCACCCCAGCCCUUCCCAUGUGCCUUCUGGUAUAUGAACUCCUACCCUCAUUAUUCGAACAAGGCCUGUAUUUUCGCCGUUUUUUCGGUCUUGCCUACGCGUUCAUCGGUCUCCAUUUGUAUAGCAGCCGGCACCUAUUUCACCUCUUUUCUAGACCCUACAUAGUGGACUCCAUUCACGCUAGAUUUGGUGGUGGCGGCGGCGGUGGCGGUACUAACCUCGUUCAACAACAACCCGUCCUCACCAGUGCUAUGUCCCAGUCAGAUAAUCCGGAUGGCAUGGAUGGUGGCAUGCGCACUUUUCCUGAUCAAAUUCACACCGGACUGGUUGAUCUCUGUGCUGCUGCGCAUGAUGAACUGGUUGAUUUGCACUCCACGACCGAGGGCGGCUACAUUUCCCCAUCUUCGACUGCCUCCUCUGUACCCGGAAUGGGCGAUUUGAGUAUGACUGUGGGCCCGGCACCUGUCACGGCAGUGACGAAAUUGCCGGUCGUAAGCAUUCCUCAGCAGUUGUCCGUCAUUAGUCCCAAUGUGGUCUCCGUCCAACCUGGUAAGUUUAAAUCUCCAUACUCUAUGCCAUAUACAGUCUCACUUCCAACCGGUCAGUUAGUUUUUCGUUGAUCACUGUCUCCACUAACGAUAGUUCGACCGUCGUUGCUGACGAUGUCCACCGUGUGCUCAACAGCAUGGUGAAGCAGGGGGCGGUGACUUGUGCGUGAAUAAGUUUAUAGUGGUAGUAGACUUGCACAGCAUCUAUCGCACUCCCCUACCCACCUGGACCCGGUGUCAAGAAGACCGGAGGCGGGGAGGACGCAAAUGGGUGGUGCGGUCGAACCCGCACCUUGACGCUCCACUCCACACCUCCCGGACCAGGAUUGUAAUCAACAGCAACAUUGGGGAGGACCGCAGGGGUCCCAAUGUGCGCGACGUCUGUCGGCAACUGGGUCUGCAGCCGCACCCCAAAAUGUUGGAAUUUGUUAUGCUGCGCAAGUCCGAUAACGCCUGCCAGGGUCCGAUGUGGCCCCAGUGUCGGUUCAGUGCAUCUACCGCGUAGUCCGUUUGGGGGACAUGCCUCCGCUAACAGCCACCCCUCGUCUUUUGUGAGCUUUCCCACAACUUUUGUCUGUCCAUCGGGAUACCCUGCUGUGGAUCAUGCUGCAUGUUAGCAUGCCAUCGAAGUCACAUCGCUCUGUCCAGCUCGUUUACACCCAAAUCAAGUUUUUGGAGGGACAUCUCUGAUGUCACUUCAGGCCUCUAUCGGAGUUGUGCUUUCCCACCAACUCUGUUCAACCACACGUUGGUUUGGGUUCCUUAACACGCAUUCGUGGUCUCCGUGUUGCAGAUCCUGUCGAAGCUGAUUCCGCUUCAGUACUGCCGAGCUCUCUACUAAACGGGCGGGCUGAGAGUGCAAUCAGCUACCGGUCCAACCGGCGCAUCAAUUUCGUCCGAACCGGCGGGGGCAGAACUGCGUGUGUGCAAGCCAUCUUCUGAGUCAGUUCUUUUACACGGAUGGGUAAUACGACAUUUGGGAAGUAUUCUUAACCCGGAUGCAUUCGUUCGACAGCGUUUACACUCGCAUUCUUCGAAUGAGCCUCUGACUGUUCAGAGGUGAUACCUGCAGGAAAUCUGGAAGUAACCUGGAGACUGCUAAGCACUUGCAUGUAGCAUGCCCCUGCCGCUGUCGUGUUCUCGGUCCGGAAUGGGACUCUUAGGCGACGACCACAAAUACAAUGUGCCUGAGAGCAGGGAAUAUUGGCUAUACUACCCCACAACGAUACUGAAUUCAGUAACCCCACGGACCACCCCCCUCCGCUGUGCACAAGCGGACACUGCCUGGCACUUGAGUCGCAAGCAAGCGAAGCUCAAUUUCGGUGUCCUCCGUCAUAUUAGUCAAGCACUCAGUACACAGACCGUCAGUACCUAACGGAUCACACCCCUAUGCCGUUUCUGACUCAAACAUGGGGCACAUUGGAUGAAGGGUCUGGUGUAGCAAGUGCAAAACCUGGGUUCACACACACUCACUGCGCUGCGACUCGUAUCGCUGUGUCACGGACCCUGACCGCACUCGUGAGACCGUUCCUGGUGUUAGCAGUUUCAUCGACAGCUGUGAUUUCUUGCCCUGCACAUAACCACUACUGCAACAAUCUCCUAGACUACAGUCUAAUAGUUUCUCCCACAACUGUCUUCAUUGGUUUUCGGCGUCACAAAAGCGACAGCUUCUUACACCAAAGCCAACCAGACAUUACUUACCCACCAACUGUUUUUGGCCAUUUCUCUUGCCGCGUAGGCCUUUGAGCGCUUUUGGUCAGACAGGAGCGAAUUUCGCCGGGCAACUGAAGCAAGUUUUCACGGUGGACGACAGAUAACGACUGGAAAGGGAGUUUGCCUCGAGCAGUAGCAUUUACUUCGGCGCCACCAGUUAUCGCCGACUUAAAAAAACUUUGUUUGCUUUCUUCAAUUGCCGUCAUCUCAACUGAGUCAUGCGGGAAAAACACGGCCAAAUCCAUAGAGGGUUCUUUUUGCGAAAUACAAUUUUGUGGAGGCGAUAGUCGUGAGGCGCCUUGAAACAUAAUGUGUUUCCUGAUGGGACACUGCCGGUUUUCAUAAAAUACAAUGUCAAGUCGAUUCGUACUGUUUGCAUUUCUGGCUUUCCGCUGAGCUCUCCAAAUUCUGCUCGAAGUCUUUGUUUUCAUUGAAUUCACCUGUCCACUGUUUUGGGGUGUCUACGUGUAGCCAAAUAUCUUAGCUAGCAGAAUUGUUCGAAAAUGUGUCACAAUGUAACCCUUUGAGAACUGUUUAAACGUUUCUGGUGAUUUAGACCUAAGAUCUCCCAAGUGGUGGUCUUGAGGCUUCUGUCAGAACAUAAAUUACGUAAGGUUCGUAGACUGAUUGGAGAUAUUCCUGAUAGAUUCGAUUGCCUUAUGCUCUUCAGGAUACCUUUUUUGAUUAUGUCACGUUCUUGAAGGAACACGCGUAUACCGUCUCUUGAUAGCAUUACAAACUUGCAAAAGCAAAGUUAGUACCAAAGAUUGUGGUUUACUGGGGUUUUUGCGACCAAAAUGUCUCGUCUUCAGCAACCAACUUCGAAUGACUUUAAUUGAACGCGCCCGGUUUCUAGGUGAAGCAUUAUACUGAAUAUGUCCCUUAAUCGCUCUGGCUUUGGACCGUUUUCCACCCAAAGUGGUGUUAAGAUGAAUGGUAGCCGAACUUUAAGCCAUCCAGCACGCAACAUCGUGGGUACUGCCUACUUUUGUGCCCGAUAUUUGUCAUCACUCCUUGUCCGGUUUAUUUGCCGAUGUUUUGGAUUUAAAACCAUGCACUCUGACCUUUCCACUUUCGAUGUAGUGUUUUGUCCCUUUUUAUCAGAAUAAAGCGUGAUUUACUGGAGUUUAUGGGGGAUUUGUAUUUACACAGCUUAUUUUUUGUUACCUUUCUAGUUGUGCUGACCUUAUAUGUAACUUUCCAGGCCACAUAUUCGUAGACACCAGUGCUCCAAAGAUCCGUCCCGGGACGCAGGCGUUUGCCUUGCCAGUCAAGUCAGCCACGCCUAAGUACACGGGCUACUCACCCCACGGCCAAAGCAAACCGCAGUCUAACUUGAACAGUCCAAUUUCCGGCCUAAAGGCUUCCGGUUCGUCUCGUCGGCGUCCGACCAUUUUAAAACGCGCAGGAACCAGCACGUCAUCCGUCUCAGCUUCAAGUACGACCCAAACAAAGCCUGUCGUGUCAUACGGUAAGUUUGGUUUCCAAAGGGUUUUUGAGGCAAUUUUAAGGAAGCAUCUGAAGGACUUCUCGGAAGGUGAUAUAUUCUUACCAGGUCUUAGUCAUUGCUACAGUGAGUGACUGAUCUCAUGAAAUGUUGGCUGAAAUUUUGAAGUGCGUUUUCGAUUAGGAAGGAUUACUUAGGCGCGAUUGUAAUACUGAUUAUCUUACGGUAUAAUCCUAUAAUAUUUCGGACUUGACAAAAUGUCAGCUUUUGAAUACACUGCCUUUCAAACUCCUGUGGAAGCCGUACUCGGUAAAAUGACUACUUAAGUAGCAUGCAUUUUCCCCAAUUGAUUUUCGAUGGUCUUGCAAAUUCAAAUAUAUUUUAUAGAAGCUCAAAGUUGUUCGGUAGAGAAUCACGUCAUCUUUAUAUUUUAUGCUCGAAUGAGUAUAAUCGGGUUUUUAAAAAAAGUUUCUCAUUAUGAGAUUUUUAAGACAGCGUAAUGUCCAUUCAUAUUGCAUCUUACCUGUUCGUUUACCACUGCUCCUCAUGAGGUGCACAACAUAGUCCGCAUCCAUUGCAAAAUUUUCUGAACUCUAUAUGAUAUCUUUUUAAAGACAUAGAAGAAUAUGUGAUUUUCUUUACGCGGAACGCAUGCACCUUGUGGACUGAAAUCACUAAGCGCUAAUGUAACGACUGAUCAGGCUCCAAAUUAUUCGGUAAUUAGAAAACUUUUUUAAAACCUAAUUAUACCCCUUCUUCGAGUAUAAUAUAUAAGGAUGAUGUGAUUCUCUAUCGAACAACUGAAAGAAAGCUUGGGGUUUCUGUAAAAUAUAUUUGAAUUUGUAAGGCCAUCGAAAUCAAUAGGAAAAUGCAUGCUACUUAAGUAGUCAUUUUGUUACCGAGUACGGUUUCCACAGGAAGUGUAUUCAAAAGCUGACAUACUGCCAAGUCCGAAACAUUAUAGGAUUAUGCCGCCAGAUAAUCAGUAUUACAACCGCGCCGUCCUAAUCGAAAACGCAUUUCAGCCAACAUUUUAUGAGAUCGGUCACUCAUUGCUAGACACCUGAUUGUCGCACUGUUGUUUGGUUGCUCGUGAUAACUCGAGGCACCACGAUGGUCUAAAUUACGCAGUCCUGUAACGCUGCUAUCCACCCAAUUUAGCACCCACCUUGACAAUGACGUGUCCUACCGGCAUUCCCCUAGUCUCACAAACCUCCGUGACUCGCAUCCAACCGCCAUUUAUGCGCUCGCUCGGCGCGCUUACUGCGGGUGCAGGUGGUUUACAAAAACUACCACUGGGCGUUGGCGCCUCCAUGGACUCGGGCCUGAUUGUUGAUUCCGCUGCCGCGACUGCAGGCUCACUUGCCGGAGGCCAGUUGGUUCGACUUGUGCCAUCCAAUGCAACCACUGUUAAUACUCCUGUGGCCUACGCAGUUGUGACCUGCGCGGCACCCACCGCGCCUACGAAUCAAACAGCCAGCUCCCGGUUGUUUGGCCGAAAAUCGCAUGCCCCUGAACCCCGCCAGGCAGUCACCAUUUUGUCGGGUGCCAACGUUUGUCUCCCCGGAACAACCUCAGGUGAGCAUUGUACUAUUUCUUUUUUUUCAGGCAUUCUACUGUUUUACAGUAUUCACGUCGUGCAUGCCAUUUAAAGGCUCUUACUGCUUCUCCUGCCUUGCUCUGCGCGCUGAUUUAUAGUUCACCCAUUGUGAUGCAUGGGGGCGGCAAAGGUUUUUCGUGGAUACUUUGGAUGGCAACUAAUGAGGCCCCAUCUGCGCGUUCCGAAUGCGUGACGGCUCCUCCGUCGAAACAAACCAGAUUUCCGACAAAGACGGGGGGCGACUGGAAUGGCCAUUUAUGUCUCAUUAACCGUCGUCAGCCAGUCAUACCCAAACUCGAGGUGUGCGACCCCUGGGGCUAGAUCCGUCGGUCUGUUGGUUAGAAGUUCGACGCCUUAAUCACCUUGGGAUUAGACACGGCUGUCUGACGACGGCUAAUAAGCCGGAAACGACAAUCCAUGUCUUAUCUCUGUCAGUGCUGCUAUUCUGCCUAUAUUACGCUCCGUUGUGCAGCGGGACGAGUGAGUUCCGUAAAACGAUAGGCGCCCCCCCCCCUCUGCCAAACCAGAUUUCGUUUACUCGGAGGCUCGUAAGGCCAAGUUACGGAGGAGCCAUUGAUACCUGAACCUCGGUCACUAGUUGGCGACGUUUCGCCCAAGGGUGCAUCAGCUUUAUCAUUAAGGACUGUACAGGAUUGGCCUUGCUGUCACGUUGCCUGCCUAACAAACAGCAAACAAUUCAACAUUGUAGUAGAAAGCUGUCUCCCAUCCCUAGUACAUUGGCGGGUGUUAGUUCGGUUUCCUAAUCAGUGCAGCUGCGUGCUCUGUCCUGCCUGGAUAUCCUCAUCUGAGCGAGCUGUAAUAAUAAUCGCAUUCAUCGAGAACGAGGACCGUCGCAUUGCCGGAGAAGGCGCAUUGGUGGCUUACGCGUGAAUUGGUUUUGUGGUGAGGAAGACCAGCCUAGCAUGUAACCUGCUUUGAACACGCACCCCGUUCCAGUGACGAGGAAGUCAAAACGACUGGGGAUGGUCCGUGCGCACCACACGUGCUGCUUCUUACACGGACUGGACUUCUAAGUCGAGUCUUGGAUCUCAGCAUGCGGGCUACGCUGGGGAGCCACCACAGCCUGAUCUUCAGUUCAGAAAAGGAUCGUCAUUUGACGGAAUUUAAAGGCACGCCGUAGUGAUGGACUGACUUCACUGCUUUCUUUUCCGUUAUGGGCCAAUGGAAAAUCCCAUUUGAACCAGCUAAAGAUGGUGAGGUCGGACGCAGUAACUUUGUGCAGAGCCAUUGUCUAAGGCGCGCUACGCGCACUUUUAGGACCACACGGCGCACCCCGCAUCUACGUUUACGCCAGUUUAGGCUGUAGUAUCUUAUCUCCUGUGUUGCCAUUCGUAGUUACAUCGCUCUUUUUGCAUUUUGUCAGUUGUUACAGGUCAGCGGAUGGCCGCUGUGAGGUACACAGUCAUAAGGGGCGCAAGCGAUGGGAAGAAGUAUGUCCUUCUUGGUGGCACACCGGCGAGACCGAUGCAGCAGGUAGGUCCCUGGACUUCACUUUGUUGGAUUUCUCUGACUGCAUCUGCCGCCCUGAUUCAACUGUUUUUCCCUCCCCCCAGCCGCUGGGAGUUCCAGAGAUGAAUAUGGAGCUGCCUCCGAGUGAUGAACAACUGCCAGGCGAAACUGUAGAAGCCGUGGAAGCUAUCCAAUUCCCCUCAUGGGGUGUGCCGAUGGACGUUGCAAACGACUCCCCCGUAAUUUUGGGACCAACGUCUCCCUCGAAUGGACAGCUGCCAGAGCCUGCUGUAGUAUCAUGA